UAUGUCUUAAUUGAAAGCUUAUGAUGUGGAUUGGAAGUUGAGAAAAUUGUAACUAUAAUUUCUAGUGUUUCUUAUUUCUUAUCUUUCCUUUUGCUUUGCCUUUAGAAAUUAAAAUACAAGGCAGUUAUACUGGAGCGGUUCUUGGUCUUGCUUGGAACAAGGAGUACAGGAAUAUCCUGGCUAGUGCAAGUGCUGACAAACAAGUUGAAAUAUGGGAUGUGGCUGCUGGAAAAUGUGACAUUACUAUGGAACAUCAUCAGGACAAGGUGCAGGCAGCUGCCUUGAACCAUCAUCUGCCACAAGUUCUUCUUAGUGGUUCGUUUGAUCACUACAUUAUCAUGAAGGGCAGAAGGGUACCUUCUCAUUCUGGUUUUAGGUGGUCAGUCAUGGUUGAUCUUGAAAUCUUGGCAUGGGAUCCGCAUACUGAGCACUCAUUUGUGGUGUGUGCUUUUAACCUUGUAGCUUGGGUUAUUUUCUUAGUUCAAAUAUUCAAGACUCUUUUUUCACCAAUACAAAUAUUCAAGACUCGAGUUUCUUCAUUAUUAAAGAGAAAUAAAAGAAGAUUGCCUAUAAUACUAGGAUUAAAUAUUCCUAGUUUUGAUUCGGUGAGUUUUGAAGAUGGUUCGGUCAGAGGUUUUGAUAUCCGAGCUGCCAAGUCUGAUAAAUGUUCCGAGUCACAACUGAGUUUUACUCUCCAUGCACAUGACAAAGCUGUUUGCACUGUCUCGUAUGGUCCUGCAGCACCCAAUGUAAAACCAUCUCUUAUUCCUUGGCCAGACUAUUUAUCAUUGUAUUGUAAUAUUGUCCUUGAUUAUUCACAGCUUCUUGUAACUGAAUCAACAGAUAAAAUGGUAAAAAUUAAACUAUCUUCUGCUUCUCUCCCAAUGCUUGGCCAAGCUCUUAAUAAUGUAUGGGCAUUAAUUUGGAUGGUUUUGAUUUAAUGCAGGUAAAGCUUCGGGAUUUGUCAAACAACCAACCUUCAUGUGUCGCAUCCCAGAAUCCUAAAGCAGGAGCUGUCUAUUCUAUUUCCUUCUCAGGGGACAGUCCCUUUUGACUAGCCAUUGGUAGGGCGGGCAUGGUUUGGUUUUGGUUUAAUUGAAAUCAAUAUUUAAAUUUUUU